CCCCACCUGCGCCGCGUGUCGCCAUUCGGUCCUCAGCAUCCGCUUCUUCCGAGUCCCGCCGACUCGAGUCAGCCUCCAACCGCCCAGCCUCCGCAGCCAAUCCUUUUCCCCCACCUUCCAGCCAAACCUCACGGAUGACGACGGCGAGGGCGAGCUCCCCUCCUGCCACCCCCACCCCCGCCUCCCCCGUCUCGCUCCUCCCGCCACACCGCCCUUCCCUUCCCCGCUUCCGCUUGCGGCCACCACUAGCGGCUUCAGCAGCCGCCGCGGCUUUUCCCAUUUCUUUGGGCUUUGGCUGCCGUCCCUUGCCCAGCGUCCGCUGUCAAGCCGCCGCCGGGCCGUCCCCGCCCUCCUCCGAGCCGCCGCCUCCGUCUCCGCACGGUUGGCAAGAGAGGCUGUCAAGGUUGCAGGAUAGGGCACGGAUAUUCUUUGCAGUCUUGUUCUGGAUGUCAUUAUUUUUCUGGGGGAGUGCUUGGGAUGGAAGUAAUAAUUCAGGGGGUAAGAAGCGCCAACGAUUUCGAAAGAAAUCAAAGUGAAGAUGCUCUAGGAAUGAGUAUCAUAUCAUUUUUCUUGGCAUAUAGCUUUCUAUGUACAAGGACUCAUGAGCAUACAAUGGCGCUAGUGAAUGUGUAGGCAUAGAAAGCUGUCGUGUUACAUAGACGCUAUAUAGUCCUGACCAUGCCAUGAUUAUGACUCUGAAUCAGUGGCGGACACUGUGUGAAUAAUUUUAUGUUUGGAUUGUGUUGGAA